UCAGCAGGAGGUUAAAUCAAGCUCAAGAGCUUUAAUUAUAGAUAACAUUAUCAAUCAGAGUAAUGGAUGCGAGUGGUUCUUAAUUUUCAGAAUGAUCAGACAGGCUAUCCAUCAAACACCUGUGAUGCCCAUUGCUGGCUUUUUGCUGAUCAGCUAAAGCUCCCAUCUGGAGAACCAGCGGUGUGUUAUGAAGAGCAGAUAGCAGUUAAGUAGGUUGAAAGAGGGGGGAGGUAUGUCAUUUGGUCACUGCUGUGAUUUGUUUGUUCAGGAGGAGGAGGGCUCCAGGCGGAUAUAGGGGGAGGUGAGCAGCAAAAUUGAAGGGUUUAAAGAGCAGCUAAGCCCCCUCCUCCGUAGAGCAGGCAGUAUAUAACAUAGGGCAGCAUGCUGCUCUCACAUUUUACGUUGGAAGUUGCAAGAGAGAAUGAAAAGGGUCUUACCAGUACAUUGAGAGCAAGUACUAUCAAAAAGCUGGUUAGAAACAGAAAUAAUGAUGCAGUUUUUCCUGUUACUGCUGCUAGCCAGUUCCAAUGCUGCUGUUCCCCUGGAAAACUUGGCUCAAGAUGACAUCCUCACAGUGCCUUCCGAAAGUCCAACAGAGGCACCAAGUCCAACAGAGGCAAAGUCUCGGUUUGCCAUGCUAGACGAUGUCCGCCUUCUUGCAAAUGGCCUCCUUCAACUGGGCCAGAGCUUACGAGAGUUUGUCCACAAGACCAAGAACCAAAUUAAUGACAUCUUCCAAAAAUUGAAUAUUUUUGACAAGUCAUUUUACCAGCUUGUAGUGGUCACAUCAGAAAUCAAGGAGGAAGAGGAAGAACUGAAGAGGACAACCAGUGUAUUGAAAGCAAACAAUGAGGAGAUCAAGAACCUGUCUUUGGAAUUCAAUUCUAAGAUUAAUAACAUUGUGCAGGGGCGUGUACAGCUGCAGAGCAAGGUGGGAAGACUUGAGGAGAGGUUAAAGGGACUGUCAGAGCAUAUGGUCCCUGCUGACCAACUCAAAGAAAUUAGAGCACUCAAGGAGGUGAUUGAAACUCAGGAGAAAACAAUCACAAAUCUACUGAAAGCUGUGCAGGAGCAGCAUGCGCAGCUUGACCAUCAAAAAAUCCAAAUUAAGAAUAUGGAGGAAAAGCUUAACUAUGACAGUUUGCAAAACACAGCUGAUAAGCCAAUGGAUUCAGAGACUACAGCUCCAGAUGUGUUUGAGUAUCAGAUAAGAAACACAUCUGAUUCGUAUCAAAAUGAUUUGCCCAUUGAUUGCAGUGAGUUAUUUGAAAGAAAAGAGAACAGGAGUGGAAUCUACAUCAUCGAGCCAAAACAAUCGGAGCCUUUCAGUGUUUACUGUGAAAUGGGUUCUGAUGGCGGUUCAACUGUGAUCCAACGCAGGGUUGAUGGGUCAGUGGAUUUUGACCAGACAUGGGAUAAGUAUGAGAAGGGCUUUGGAGAUCUGCAAAAGGACUUUUGGUUGGGGCUGAAGAAGAUCCAUAGCAUUACACAACAAGGAUUAUACAUCUUGAGAAUUGAUCUGGAGGACUGGAAGGAGGAUAAACACUGGGCUGAAUACCACUUCUCACUAGAUGGUCCCUCUGAGUACUAUGCACUCCAUCUGAGCCACUUCUCCAGUGACCUGGUUGAUGCCAUGGCUAACAGUUCCAGUAUAAGAUUCUCCACCAAAAACCAAAAUAAUGGCAAACCACAAGCCUCUAACUGUGCACGCAAUUACACAGGUGGUUGGUGGUUUACUGGGUGUGGAGAAAACAACCUUAAUGGAAGGUAUCUAUGGGUUAGAGCUAAAGGACGUUCUGGGAGAAGAAGGGGCCUUCACUGGAAACCUGGAAAUGGGUCAGCAUAUUCCCUCAAGAUGACUAAAUUCUCCAUACGACCAGCCACAGCUGCUGAAGGUUUCAAAUGAAACCGAUAUCCAUGCCAUCUCAGAUAACACGACUGGCAUUUUUAAUCAAACACUGAUAUACACCACUCACCCAACAUAACACAUACACAAAUCUAUGACACUACAUUUUUGUUGUAAAAGAACAUUUUUGUAGAGGCUGUUACCGCCCACCAAACAAAACUAGUAGUCUCAAAAUACUGCCAUGGUGAAAUGAUGCAACAAUGACAUAAAGGUCAUAAAGGUAUGAAGAAGAUGGGCAUUAGAACUAUCGUUACACAACAUCAGUCACUAGCAGAAUGGAGCGAUUAAACCAUGCAGACUACAGUACUACAAUAAUGCAGUAGAAGACAAAACAACAAGGACUGAUGGAAAAGCAAUUCAAAAUGUAGCAUUGCUCAGCAAAUCUUUUCAGUAAACAUGAAGGUUCGAGUUGACUUUAGCAUGUUUCAAGUGGAUUAAAGGCAAGUGAAAGUUAGGAUUUGAUAUGGUUUUGUAGUGACUAUGUGCUUUGUUUUGCCCAUUGUUCGUUUUCAUUUUUUACUCAGUAAAGUAUUUAAAUCAUGUACCUGCUAUUACUGUAUGUUAUAUGGUAAAAUAGACAUUGCUAUGUAUCUCCUGUUAUUGGGUCACAUUGACUCCUGUCCAUUGUACACAAAUGUUCUGUAAAUGUGUUUCAUCACGUUCCAUACAAGUGUUCCAAAAGUUCAUUAAAUAAGAAAAUCCAAUGACUCUCCAAUGCGAGUUUUUAAGAACAGUUAUAGCAAAUAAUUAAUGCAUUAUAUUAACGUUUACAUGAUUGUAAAUACUGAAAUGGCUUAACAAAAUAAGUCAUGUUGAUUAGUAUACUUUAAUUAUCAGUCACAGUUGUAAAGCUGGUGAAACCAGGAUUGUUUAUUAUGCUUUUGUCACUGAUCCAGAGCUGCUGUGUCUUUUCCUUUCGGCUUGUCCCGUUCGGGGUCGUCACAGCGUGUCAUCCUUUUCCCAUCUCCUGCAUCCUCCUCUCUAACACCAACUGCCCUCAUGUCUUCCCUCACUACAUCCAUCAACCUCCUCUUUGGUCUUCCUCUAGCUCUCUUGCCUGGCAGCUCCAUCCUCAUCAUCCUUCUACCAAUAUACUCACUCUCUCCCCUCUGGACGUGUCCAAACCAUCAAAGUAUGCUCUCUCUGACUUU